UGAAUAAGUGUGCAACAGCAACCUUUUGGGAACUGAAUAAGUGUGCAACAGCAACCUUUUUGCCGGUGUAUUCGUUACUCUCUCCCGCUGUCGCUAAUGCGGUAAUAGUGUGUUUACCACAGAUAUUGCAACCUUUAUAACCACCACAUACCGGUAUACUUUCUGUCUAACGGAAUAACGACAGCGUAUAUUAAAAUGUCCAAUGUGAACUGGAAACCUUUCGUUUUCGGCGGUCUGGCAUCCGUCACUGCUGAAUGCGGUACCUUUCCUAUAGAUUUGACCAAGACGCGGCUGCAAGUUCAAGGCCAAGUGGGCGACAGCAAGUACAGAGAGAUUCGAUACCGGGGAAUGUUGCACGCCAUAGGCAGAAUAUGCAGAGAGGAGGGAAUAAGUGCACUUUACUCAGGUCUCGCCCCUGCAAUGUUGCGCCAGGCAUCCUAUGGGACCAUAAAGAUUGGCACAUACCAGAGCUUCAAACGACUACUGGUGGACAGGCCAGAAGAUGAGACGUUGUUGACCAACGUGCUGUGUGGUGUUCUGUCUGGAGUAAUCUCCUCCUCCAUCGCCAACCCCACGGAUGUGCUGAAGAUCCGUAUGCAGGCUCAGGGCAGUGUAAUCCAGGGAAGCAUGGUGGGAAACUUCAUCAACAUCUACCAACAGGAGGGAGCCAGGGGGUUGUGGAAGGGUGUGUCUCUGACAGCGCAGAGAGCAGCUAUCGUGGUGGGGGUGGAGCUUCCUGCCUAUGACCUCGCAAAGAAACACCUGAUUCUGGAUUGUCACAUGGGUGACAACAUUUAUACACACUUCCUGUCCAGUUUUGCAUGUGGUCUGGCGGGGGCUCUGGCCUCUAACCCCAUAGACGUGGUCCGCACACGGAUGAUGAACCAGACAUACGGAGCUGUCACCUACCAGGGAACACUGGACUGCUUACUACAGACGUCACGGUCUGAGGGCUUCAUGGCACUCUACAAAGGCUUCUUCCCCAACUGGCUCCGUCUCGGCCCAUGGAACAUCAUCUUCUUUGUUACCUACGAACAGCUGAAGAAGAUGGAGGUCUGAUGGAGAGAAGGAAAUGUAGCACUGUGGAGGGGAGAGGAGGAAAUAACUCAGCCAGAGAGGGGAAAGAAUGGACCAAAAUAGAGGUGGACGUAUCCUGUCUAGCCUCCGACUUCUUGUCUGGGUGGUGUGUCGACCACGCCCCCCUCAGACGCAUUUCUCCUUUCUGAUUGGCUGCUGCCGUGAUGGCGCUCUGGUUGGCUGGGAAAGAGGAAGUGAAAGUUGAGGACAAUUGCACAAUCAGAAAGCAAGGUGAAGCUAAGACCAUUUUGAAACUAUGUCCCUAAAUUAUUUAUUUAUUCUUUUUUUUGGAGCUCAGUCAAGCCUCAAUGCUGGUAUCAUAUAAACACACAAGACAUAGAAAACUGUGGGUUGUGAGGUGGGGAUUUGUUACUACGUCGAAAAAUUACUAUUCAUCCGGACCUUUGCGACCUAGGAAAUUUGAAUGACCGGACUUUCUCAAAUAGUACUUGAGUACGCCUGAUGUACAAGAACUCAAAUAAUGUUAAAAGCAGUGACUACUACUAAUAAUGUUAAAAACAGCUCAGAAUUGUAUGGAUUUCAGAUGCCUUGGUGUGCGUUCUCUUUGGUUGCCAGAGGAACUGCCAAAGGAAGCUGUGGAAAAGACUGCGAACAUUUCUGUAGAAGGUUAUCUGCCAGUCACUAGUGGGCAGCAAAUGAUGCCAUUUACUCAAGGACUGGCCACUUUCUGAAACCCUAGAUGUCUGUACAGCCAUGGAAAGCUUAUGUGAUGGCUGAGGGUGUAAUAUAUUUGUUAAGAUGGUUGGCUGUGGGUUUGGAUUUUGUACGUCAGAGGAUUCUCUAGUUACAGAACACGGGGGGUAGGACUUUUAAUGGGACUAGUUAUAUAACCAGAUUAAAGAUCAGAGGGCAGGUGACCACUAACUCACACACACACACAUGCACACAUAAAAGGGCACAUGGGUUCUUAAUGCCAGGGUGAAUUGGCACAGUGUAUGGAUGACACACACAGUUAAUGGGGAUGUUGUGUACGGACUAGUCUGGGUCAGUAUUAUAAAUACACUCUGGACAGCCUGAUUGGCACGCUGUACCUUAUGUCAUUUCAGGACCCCUAUCUCUGACACACACGCGGAGCCCCAGUUCUUACUAUAUGUCACAGCAGCAGAGCCCCCAUAUUCUAUCCCUGUUCAUGUCGGGGUGUCCAAUCCAACCCAUUUAACCUUUUUAAUUUAACAGGAUAUCACUUAAGCUUCCAGAGAGAUGUGCCUGUAGUCUGACCUGGCCUAUGCUGUAACAGGGAAGUGAAUGUUCAGGAGAGGUGGCUGAUGUAUAUUUAGCAAUUGCGCCUGACUACCAAUGCGGAGGUGGCAUUCUGUGUGCUGGUGUUGUUGACUUCUGUAUGGCAAGGCCUCGGAGUACCACAGUGGAAAGGUUGCCAUUUUAUGAUCCCAAGACACAGAACUAAUUUACCUGUCAACUAACUGUUAAUCCUCUACCCUUCACUUCUACUACUUCUUUAUGUUAUUCACUGGUUAUCAGUUAGCUCGUUUGGAGGUGAGCUUGCUAGUUUUGUUUGAGCUAAGGUUGAACCUCAGAAUGUGUUCAUGUGAGAAUAUGGUUCUUGUAUAUGAUUUGUUUAUAGCCCCCAAAGCCUUAAUUCCAAUGUGUCACUGUCAUAGCCCUGUAAAUACUCCUGUUACUGUGUACUCUAAAUAAACCUGAUUUAAAACAAGG